CAGGUCGAAUUUGUCUUAUGCAGCCACUUACUCCGCCACCGACGGUUUUUUUUAUGAAGACGUCUAGCCAGAAGCCAUCUCCUUUCUCGUCGGAGACGUUAUCAGCGGAUGCAAAUGUUGGGGGGGAGGAGUAGUAGCGAAGGCCUUGCCAACCUCCCCGUGCCGUCGUCGACGGUGGUCAUUCUGCUCCUUCUCCUGGGAUUCUUCAUGUACGAUGAGGAGUACGUAAAAUCCAUAGCGAAAUUCCCAUUAUCAUCGACCUCAUUGUCGUUAUCAUCAACAAGGUCUAAAACCCAUGGAGCAACGCCAGUUGGACUGCAAGGCGAACCCCCCACAAACAACAACCACCUUGUACAUCAACAAACCAGCAACACGACCGAGCAGAAACCAUCAUCACCUGAUGUAGCAACGGCAGUUGGACUGCAAGGCGAACCCCCCACAAACAACAACCACCUUGUACAUCAACAAACCAGCAACACGACCGAGCAGAAACCAUCAUCACCUGAUGUAGCAUCAUAUCAUGAUGAGAAUGAACAGUUGAAGGUGGAGUCACCGCACGAAAAAUGUGACAUCUUCACCGGAGAGUGGGUUCUCGAUGACGCGACGCACCCGCUGUACAAGGAAGAUGAGUGCAAGUUCCUUUCCUCUCAAGUCACCUGCCUUAGGAAUGGAAGGAAGGAUUCCUUGUACCAGAAGUGGAGAUGGCAACCCAGCCAUUGUUCACUGCCCAAGUUCAAUGCGACACAGUUGCUCGAGAAGCUCAGGAACAAGAGGCUAAUGUAUGUGGGAGACUCAUUGAACAGGAACCAGUGGGAGUCUAUGGUGUGUAUGGUUCAAUCGGUCAUUCCUCCUGACAGGAGGUUCAUGAGCAUGUCUGGAUCUUCUCUCGUGAUCUUCCAUGUUAUGGAUUACAAUGCUACGAUCGAGUACUACUGGGCUCCAUUUCUGGUGGAGUCGAACUCGGACAACCCGAGAAACCACAGCCUAACAAACCGGAUCAUAAAACCGGGGUCGAUAGAUAAGCACGCACAGUACUGGAAGGGAGUCAACUUCCUCAUUUUCAAUACCUAUGCCUGGUGGAUGAACUCUAAGACCACGAAAGUCCUACGGGGAUCGUUUCAUGAAGGGUCUACGACCUAUGAUAAGAUUGGGAGGACUACGGCAUAUAAAAGGGUCCUGAGGACAUGGGCGAAGUGGAUAGAGAAAAACGUGGAUCCGAGUCAGACGACAGUUUUCUUCAACAGCAUGUCUCCUGUUCAUGGAAGGAGCAUGGACUGGAACAAUCCACGCGGGAUCAAGUGCUUCAACGAGACCAAGCCAAUCUCCAACAUUUCGACUCCAUUGAAUGUCGGCACGGACCGGAGGCUCUUUGCGGCGGCGCGGAAGACUAUGCAGCGCAUGAAAAUACCCGUGGAUUUCAUGGACAUCACGACUCUUUCCGAGUACAGAAAGGACGCUCAUACUUCUUUGUACACUGCUCGGAAAGGCAAGUUCACGCAGAAGCAGAUGGCAAAUCCCGCAUUGUACGCCGACUGCACCCAUUGGUGCCUCCCAGGACUGCCGGACACGUGGAAUGAGCUUAUCUUCACGCGCAUCGUGUCUCGACCGUGACGGCUUACGAGUUCGUAAUUCACUAGUGAACUCAAUUUGCCUUCAGGAUUUGUUCAACGAUUGUCUCUUGGCAAAACAAAUAAAGCAAAUUGAAAGUAAGCAGUCAUAGCUAAGAGGAUGAGAAGUCAAGUUAGCUAAUCAUCUUCUAAAAGUAAAAACUAAUUGAAAAAUAAAAAGAGGAAUCAUGAUAAAUAUUGAGUCAAUGCUGACGUUGUAUAAUUAUUUGAUGGAUUACCUUGUAUAAUUAUUGGUAUAGCAAUUCUGGAUCUGAUAUCCACAUGAUACUCCAACUGAGUUAGUGAGAAUUCAACCCUC